AUGUCGGCCUGCUCACCCACAUCGCUCAUCACAGCUGAGACACGAAUCAAAGUUAGCUCAACCUUGAACAAGUCCGUUGGAAGAAAAUACCUGACAGAUCGUAGCCCCGAGACGUGCUGGACAUCACAACAAGGUCUACCGCAGUCCAUUCAACUAUCCUUCCCGUCACCAGUCAUACCGAGUAGCAUCUCGUUGACAUUCCAAGGAGGUUUCGUCGGCAUCCGGUGUCUUGUCAAUGUUCAAUCCUCUCCGCAAUCUGGUUGGGAGACUUUGAUUCGGAUAUACCCCGAAGACGUGAAUCGGAAGCAAGUCUUUGAACUCUUCGGAAUAGCCGAGCAAGUCCAAUACGGCAUCCAAACCAUCAAACUUGUCUUCGAAGAGAGCUCAGACUUUUUUGGUCGUAUAACUGUCUACGAUCUAGACAUCGAGGGUGCUCGAGCACCGAUACGAUAG